AUGGACACAAGGAAGGAAAAAGCUCUUAUAAACUGGGUAAAUGCUCUGAUCCCUGACAGUAAAAUAUCUAGACUGUUGGACCUUGCUGAUGGACGUGUGUUUAUUAAUCUUAUGAGAUUGAGUGAGAAAUGCGAGACUGUUUCUUCAGUACCAGAAUGCUACAUAAAGAUUCAGGAGUAUAUAGAGGAGCACUACUUUACCAAGCUGGAAUCAGGAUCCUGUGUAAUAGAUAUAUCCCUGAUUGUGAAUGGCUUGUCCUCCAGUGAUUCACAGCUUGUAGAAUGGGAGCUAGCAAAGGUUUUAUAUGCUUUACUUGGGGCAUUUGUACAAGACAAAAUGAAGCAGAACUUUGUUGAUGCUGCCUUGACCUUAUCUCAAGAGGAACAAAUGGACAUUAUGCAGCUGCUGGAACCAAUGGUCACAUCUCAAGAUCUGACGACUCGUCUCCCAGCAGACUUUGCUGAAAUCUUAAAAAAGAAGAGAGAAAAUGAGUCAACUUUUCACAAAGAUGCUGAUCUUUUCUUCAAACUAGUUACCCAGGGCAAAGGCAUAGUUACAUCAACGCCGACGGUUGACCAAUCUUUCAACUUUCCAACCGUUUCUAAUGGUACGCCCCUGACACCUGUACACCCUCUGAUGACUGGCUCAGCGAGGGGUUGUGGCCCCCAUGAAAUCAGCUCCCCGAUGAGAAUGUUAACUCUGGCUUCUCCUGCACCACUCACUCCUCUUUCAGCUCUAAUGCAGUCACCUCAGGUGGCACAGAAGAUGUUGUUAAGACAGAAGGAAAAAGAGAUCAGGAAACUAGAGAUGGUUGUGGCAAGUGAGAGACAUUUCAAAGACAACCUUGAGCUGGAUAUUAAAGAGAAGUGUGAACUGCUGAGUCAGAGAGACCGGAGAAUCGUAGAGUUGGAAACAGCAUUGAAAGGACAGAGAAAUAUAGCAGAUGUAUAUGAUGAACUGGAGCUAGUGAAACAAGAGCGAGACCAUUUACAGAAAGAAAUCAGUAGUGCACAACUGAGAUGUAGUGAACUGCAGGAUAUUAAAGACCAUUGCAAGUUUCUGGAGAGAGAAAACAAUGAGAAAGUUGCAGAAACAAAAUCCUUGGCAAAUCAGAUGUUGGCGCUGGAGUCACUCAAGAAGAGCCAUGAGGAAUACCGCAGUAAGUGUCACCAUCAGAAGCUGCAGAUAGCUGAAAUGGAAUCUGUUCUCGAACAUUGCAAGUCUGAAUCUAAACAGGCCAAGCAAAAAGUUCUAGAGUUGGAGGAAUCUCGUGUCUCUUUACGGCAGCAACUGGAUGAAAUAAAGGCAGAGAAAACAGAAAUGGAGGAGAUGAUGGCAAUCACUGCCAUAGACUGUCAUAAUAAAAAUGGAGAGAGUAUGGGGAUGAUAAUGGAGACACGCAUUAAAGAGUUGGAGGAACAACUGAGUGAACUGAGGGGAUCAUGGAUAGACCCAGAAUCUCACAAACAUCUAGAAAAGGAACUAGCUAAUAUUGAAGAAACAAAGAGGAUAUUUGAGACUAAGUUUAUGGAGACCCAUCAGAGUCUGUUGAAAAAAGAUGAUGAAAUGGAGCAAGUACAACAGACUUUGACCACCAGUGAAAAAAAUGUGGAGAAACUUGAGAUGAAUCUGUCUGAAAUGACCACGAAUCUAACUGCUCUUCAGACUGACAAUGAAGUAUUGAGAUCUAAGGAGUCCCAGUUAAGCACCCUUCUACAGACAGCCAACUCAGAUAAACAGGCGGCAGAGGAGGAGAUCAUCAGUCUACAGACAAAACUCUCACAUGCUCAAACAGAGAUUCAACUUCUGACAAUGGAGGCUGAGGGACAGAAACUAGCCACAGAAGAACGACGACAAACUAUGGCUGCAUCUAUGGACCUUGCCAAAUCUGAGCAGAAAUCUAUGGAACAAAAGCUGAUCCUAGAACAGGCGUCAUGGAAGACAAAAUUAGACUCACUUAGUGCGCAGCUGCAGCAGCAGAAGGAGGAGGCCAUGAAUGUUGAGGAUGAACUCAAGGUCAAGCUGAAGACCAGUCAAAGCAGCUACAAACAAUUAGAGAUACGUAUGGAAAACGAGAUGUGGGUCAAGGACAACUGUGUAAAAUGUUUAAAGGAAGAGAUGACCAGUCUAAAAGAAGAAAUUUGUGAGACAGAAACAAGGCUCAGGGAGGAACUCAGUGCUCUCAAGGAAAACAAGGCCAUACUGGAGGGUCAACUUAACCAGAAAACGACCACUCAUCAAUGUCAAGUCGAACAUUUGAAGGCCGAAAUAACUAAUAUUAGAGAGAGAGCAAGAUCAGAAGAAGAUCAAUUGAAGGAUGUGAUAACGGAACUCCAAAGCCGCUGUGAUGAAUGUAAGGUUGAGUUGGAUAGGAACAGGAUUGAAUGCGACAGUAAGGUACAGGGGAUGGAAACAAAUUCAAAGAGACAGCAGGUGAAAUGGUUAGAAAAAGAAUCUGGCUUGAAGGAACAGAUAGCACAGCAGGAGAGGUUCUGUGAAGAACUUACCCAGUCACUUCAAAAGACAGAGGCAGAAGUUACAAGCUUGAAGGAGAAUUUGACUCAGGAGACGGAAGCAAGGUUUGAUCAUGAGCGGAAUCUAAAGAGUAUGGAGAAGGAGCUAGGGAAAGAGAAACAAAUGUGUUGCACACUCAAAAAUGAUAUAGAGGCCCAACAGUCUGUGAUUUCUGAUUUGAAGGUGUCUUUGUCACAGUCUAAUGGUGAGUUAUCUCAUCUCACAGAGUGUUUAGAUGAACAACACAUGCAGUUUUCGAAAGUAUCAGAAACCAAAGCAUUCCUGGAAAAGAAGUUGAAAGACAGUGAAACAGAGUUCAAGAAAAGUCAGAAGGCAAAUGGAGAUCAAAUGCAUAGUCUUAAGAAGGAGUUAGAGAAGCUUCAUACAGAGUCAGCAGAAAGGGAAUCUACUUUGAACAAAGAUCUGGCGAAGUCUCAAAAGGAGUGUGAAAGUGUACUUAAACAGCUGGAACACCUCAAGGAACAGUUUCAGGUUAGUGUGAAUAAGGGUUCGAGUCUGGACAGCCGACUUGCCGACCUUACAAGACAGAUCCAGACCAGAAAUGAAGAUAAUGAGGCUCUUACAACAGAAGUGGCCCAUCUUCAGGAAAAGGUUGAUGAACUCACUGGUCAAGUGGUCCUAGUCACAAAAGUGGCAGAGACAAAACAAGUCAGUAAUGAUCAGCUGACACAGGAAAAGGAUAAACUGUCAGUCGAGAUGCAACAGCUGUCAGCCAGGUUUGACCAAGCAGUGGCAGAACAGGAGAGGAACACUCAAGAGAAAUGUGAACAAAUUUCUUCAUUAGAGGCUUCCCUUUUAGAAAAGGACAAUAGUGUUUCAAAUCUGGAGAAAGUCAAUUGUGAAUUUAAAACUGAAGUCUCUGAAUUGAAUCAAAAGGCAAGAGAACUGGAAAGAAUGUUAAGUACCAAGGACACUGAGAUCUCAUCAUUGAGUGAAUGUAUUUCUGAACGUGAUGUUGUGAUCUCAAAUCUGACUGGAGACAAACAAGAUUUGACUGUGCAAGUAGCUGGACUGAUAUCAGAAAAGGAAUCACUUCAGGAGUUGUGCAGUAGGAACUGUGAAAAGAUUUCUUGUCUUGACAAACAGCUGUCUGAACUGAAUGAAGAGACAUGCUCACAACAGGAAUUGAUGACGGUCAAAAGUGACCAGAUUUCCUCUCUUGAGUUGCUUGUGUUACAACAUACACAGGAAAAUGAAUCAAUUCAAACACGAAACAAUACCAACUGUGAAGAGAUCUCUUCUUUGAAAACACAUGUAGCAGAAAAAACACAAGACAUCAAAAAUCUACAAAUGAAAUGUGAACACCUUGUGUCUGAAUCUCAAAUCCAAGGACAUGAACUGGAAACAGCACUGAGUGACAAUAGUGUUUUGACAGAAAAGUUGAAGUCUGUGACCACAGAAUAUGAGACAUCUCUUGGUGAGAUUAGAUCCAAACUGGAGAGGGCAUUAUGUGAUAAUGAAGAUCUAGCUGAAAAAUUGGCAUCUCUGACAACAAAGUAUGAAUUUUCAGUCAGUGAGCUCAAGUCAGAGCAGGAGAAGGCAUUGAGUGACAAAGAUGUUUUGUCUGAAAAGUGUGAAUCUGUGACUGCGAAGUAUGAAGCUUCAAUCACUAAAUACAGGUGUAAAUUGGACAAGGCCAAAAGUGACUAUGAUGUUUUAAUGGUAAAAUUAGAGUCUAUGACAGCAAAGAAUGAAGCCUCAAUCAAUGAGCUCAGGUCAGAGAAGCAGAGAACUGUGAGUGACAACGCUGUUUUGAUUGAAAAGUUAGAGUCUUUGACGGCAGAGCACCAAACAUCAGUCCAAGAGCUUAAGUCAGAGAAGGACAAAGCUGUUAAUGAGAAUGAUGUUUUGGCCAAAAGGUUGGAGUCUGUGACAGAUAAAUAUGAAGCUUCUGCCUGUGAGUUAAAUUGUAAACUGGAAAAGGCAUUGAAAGACAAUGAUGAUUUGACUGAAAAGUUAGAAUCUAUGACAGCCCAGUACCAGACCUCGAUUUCAGAAAUGAAAGAGCAGAUGAAAUCUGAUUGUAAUGAUUUUGUGAAAAGUCACGAAGAUAAAAUGCGAGGUUUUGUCAAAGAUAUGACUUCAACAAACCAAGAACUGAAAGAAGCUGGUGAGAAACGGCGUGCACUUGAACAAACCAUACUGGAACUGAAUCAAAGACUGACCAUUCAGCAGGAUAACAAGGACAGAGUUAUCUUAGAGGCAAAAGUUGCACAAGUUGAGUCAGAACUGAAGCAGAAAACAGAGCUCCUGGACCAGGUACGUGUCAGCUGUCAACAGACAAUGGAGGAGAGUGAGCAGUACUGGCGCUCACAGUUAACACAACUAGAGAAUGAGUACCAUAAGGCAACUGAAGAACAGACCCAACAGUAUCGCAACCAGCUGUCGAGUCAGGAACAGAAUUUCCAGACACGCUGCCAGGCCCUUGUACAUGAGAAAGAAAUGAUUGCAGUUAGUCAGAAAGCAGCACUGCAAGAUCGCAUUUCACAUUUAGAGAAAAAACUAGAGAAGAAACAAAAUGACUUAGUAGAUCUGGAAAAGAAACAUAAAACAGAAAACAGUACCAUGUUGGAGAAAGUGAAAUCAGAUUAUCAGACUAAAAUUGAUAAAAUCCAGGAUUUAUUGACGUCAGAGACACAAAGUCAAAAGGAACUGGCAAAUAGACUACACAGUCAACAGUCAAGGUGUGAUGAGCUGGAAAAAGCGCUGAGAGAAAUGAAACACAACUGUGACCUCAGCAUGGCAGAUCAGACCAAAAGUCACAGUGAGGAACUGAACUCUGUGCGUCAGGAGUUCAAGUCUAAGCUUUCAGAUCUCCAGAUGGAGAGUAGACAGCUACUGGAACAGGAACAGCGUCGUACAACAGUAGUCAAGGGUCAAUGUUCUGAACUCAGCAACAAGCUUGACGAGGCUACAAAAGAAAUUUCCAGCUACAAAAGACAGGUGGAAAAGUUGAAAGAUAACUCAGAACUGACGCUCCAGCAGUGGCAGUUGAAGGUUGCUGAAGUAAAAAAUGCCAAGGAAUCAGAAGAGACCGAGCUCCGUGCAGAACUAUCUAGGAUUCAGGAGCAGUCCUUAGGUGCUAAUGCUGAAAUAAAACAGCUAAAUGAGAAAAUCUUAGAGAUGGAGAAUAAAGAAUCCAAACUACAACAGACAAUAGACAACUAUCGUAUCCAUUACAACAAGAAGAAGGAGGUUAUUGACCUUCUCAAGAAAGAAGUUGAUGUAAAUAUGAAGGUUGGCAAAGAUUUCCAGACAAAAUCUAUUGACCUGUCUCAGGAGGUGAAAAGACUCAAGGUCCUUCUACAAACGGAAAAAACUCAACAGCAAGGCAUCCAGGACAAGCUGGACAAGGAAAAAGGCAACAACAAGACACUAUGCAAACAGGUAGUAGAGCUGAAAGCUGAACUUAAGGCAACAAACAAACAGGUGGAAACAUUACGUACUCAGUUAGAGAUUACAGGAACGAACUACAUAGGCGACAACAAUCACUUUGUACAGACAUGUUUAAACCGUCAGGAUGAGGACACUCUGAGCGAACUACACAGUGGUUCUUCAGAGGAGGAGGCACCCAGAAGACGUUCCUCUCGGAUUCGCCUUGCAAGUAUGGACCAAAGUGUAAUUAGUACAGACUCUGGCCGUUCUGUUGCAUCUCUUCCACGAGGUACAGCCAAAUUAUUUGCAAUGGAAGAUGAGCCAGCUGAUCUAGAAUGGAAGAGGUUCAGUGAGCUUCAGCGACGUAACACACUUCUGCUACCCCACAUGCGGUCCACAUAUCCUGUGGAGAUGCAGCAGUACGCAGAGAACUCUGUAAGGGAAAGUCUGGCAUUCUCCACUGGUUGUGCACAGGGCAGUGCUAAAAAGAGAAAACAGGAGAGUUCCAGUGAUGAGGGAGAAUCUUCUAAACAGCAGUCAAAGCAUGCCAGUACAGUUUACCAGAAGCCUGGUCCUCCAACGCCAGGUAACUCAAACAACGUACGGCGGAACUCCAAGGGAACACCACGCUACAACCUUCGCUCACCCAGAACCCCCAUCGGCAACUCCAGAUCCAAACGAACACCAAAGCGAUCUGUCAAUGCUGAAAAUGAACCCACAUCAUUAAGGAAGUCAGCAAAGAAGUGGUUAAAUAAUACAGCUUUCAACAUAAUGAACACACCCCAUAAGAAAAUGCGUGGAAAUACUGGAUCUGUAUCAUCAGCCACAAAAAGCGCCUCCAAGGGAUCUCGAAAGCCCUUAGGAAACAAGAACUUUUUACAAACCGGAGUUUAA